AUGGUAGGACUAAAGCGUCCAAAACCCACCAAUCUUGGGACUAAACGUCAAUUUCUACAUUAUCUUAUUGUUGCCCGUGAAAUCAAUCUUAAGAUUCAGAUGUGUAUGCAAAAACUGGGGAGAUCUACAUCCAUUAUCACAGAAAACUACUGGAGCGAUCAAGGUUUUUUAAGAACAUCAUUACACUCAGUAUCUACGUUCUGUGAGAGUACUGCUAAGCCAGUUGAAAUAGAUUAUCCAUUCUUAUCACAAGAGGAUAAUUUUGAUAAAGAUACAACCCUUAGUAUAUAUGGUUCCUGCAAUGGUUUGAUCUUAAUGAAGGUAGAAAGUCAUAUCUUUGACAUGCGCCGUCAUGCUGGUGAGGAUCUUGUUCUUUGGAAUCCAUCUACCAAGGAAUCAAAGAAAUUAUCAGAACCGGUGGUAACAGAUAGUUUUUGGCGGUACGGAAAAAGCCAGAAUAACGGGCUUGGACUUGGUUAUACUAGUAUAAUUGAUGAUUUCAAGAUUAUAAGAAUUGAUGUGUUUUAUGAUUAUCCGAUUUGUCAUGGUUGUGAAGUCAAUAUAUACACGUUGAGAUCAAAUUCUUGGAAAGAAUUACCAAAUAUUUUUCCUUAUGACGUUUGCCUGUCUCGACCCUACAGGACUAAGCCUGCGCUUGUUAACGGAUAUCUUCACUGGGUUGGGACUCCGGUAGAUGGACAGGGAAUCAGAACUGACUCCAAGGUUAUACUUUCUUUUAAUUUGGGAAACGAUGUCUGCAGUGAAGUUCCAGUUACCCAACUACUCCGUAAACCACUUUUUCAAAAUAGGAAGGAAGACUCCACUGCAGGGUCACCUUCCGAUGAUUUUUUGUUGGGUAGUUUGGAUGGUUGUCUUUGUAUACUCAGCGGCUACAAUAGACGUACUACCUACUUUAGGAGUAUCAAGAAUAUUGAGUUAUGGGUCAUGAAAGAGUAUGGAGUUAUGCAAUCUUGUACUAAGCUUUCUACAUUUACAAGAGAUUCUAUACAGAGGUCUACUAUAAUGCUCUCUCAGAUGGAAGCAAUCGAUUUUGUGGACGGUAAGGUUCUGUUUAUGGGUGGUGCAGGAGAUAGGGUUUAUAUUUCAAUACUUAUAUGA